CCUAAACCCAAGAGAUACAAUAGCCCAAAGCCCAAACCAAUAGGAAUCUCAUAUCGCGCUCCUAAAAGGCUAAAACCCUUAAACCCUCUGGAACUCCAAUCCAAGCGUCUUCCAGAUCUCAAUUCUCCACCCUCACAUCCCUCCAAUGGCUUCCGCCUGCAGACAAUUCGCCAGCAGAACAUCCCUAUCGUCCAUCCGAUCCGCCAUCAGAUCCAACGCCCCUAAAUCCCCCUCCUCACGCUUCCCCCUCCCCACCUCCGCCCCCUCCUCCGCUCCAGUUCGCGGCUUCUCAAUCUCCAGGUCUACGGGCGUGUUGGGAUGCGUGCAGUCGCUGCUGCCGCUCCAUAGCGCGGUGGCGGCGGCGAGGCUGACGUCAGCGCUGAGCACAACUUCGAGGAGUUGCCGGGCGCUCUCACAGGGUACUCUCUGCCGCACCUCUCCCAGCCUCUAAAUUUUGCUUUCUUUUUGAAUUGCACAUAAUAUCCAUAUGCUUGAAAGAAAUAAACUGGACCCGCUAAUUAUGGCCUGCUGCUCAUUACCAAGUAUGAAGCUAUGAGUUUUCCUCAAAAACCUUAAAAAUGUUGGAGUAUGUUAGCUUAGAGACUUCCAUUCCAUCUAUGUCUGAGGACUGAUUUUCCAAUUUGGUUGGCUGUCACUGCACUUGCCAUGUUUUGGCUCUGUGUUAUGGGCUUUCACUUUUGGUUCUUUUGCAUAUAUAUGCAGACUAGUAAUGCGUGCCAAUUAAUCUAGGAUGAUGUUAUGAUAAGUUUCCGUUUGGAUGUGUUACAGUUAAUUGGCUUUGUAUUGCCAGUAUACGUUGAGACAAGUUGUCUAUAGAUUUUCUGUGCUCGCCAUAUUAUAUAUUUAUCUUAAAACUAAUUGGUUAAGGUUAAUGCUGGUAUGGAAAGAUAGUAUAACUUGAUGCAAACAAUACAGAAUUUGGCGUUUUAGCUUAAAUUUGUUGAACUUAAUACAGUAAAUUUUUUUUAAACAAAUAGAAGUGGUUUGAUAACAUAGCUGCUCCUUU